AUGGCGGAUCCGGGCUCGUGCGAGGCGAGUUUGAAGGAUCGCGGCAACGCGGAGUUUAAGGCGAAGAACUUUCUCAAGGCGGCGGCGCUGUACACGCAGGCCAUCAAGGACGCGCCCGACAGCCACGCGCUCUACAGCAAUCGGUCGGCGGCGUUCCUGCAGCUGUCGAAGCUCACCAAGGCGCUGGCGGACGCGGAGGCCGCCAUCCGCCUCAACCCCGCGUGGGAGAAGGGCUACUACCGCAAGGGCUGUGCGCUGGAGGCAAUGAAGCGCUACGACGAGGCAUUGGAGGCGUUCAGGGAGGCGGCGGAGAGGAGCCCCGGCAGUAAGUCCAACGCAGGUGAGUCCAACGCAGGUGAGUCCAACGCAGGUGAGUCCAACGCAGGUGAGUCCAACGCAGGUGAGUCCAACGCAGGUGAGUCCAACGCAGGUGAGUCCAACGCAGGUGAGUCCAUCGCAGGUGAGUCCAACGCAGGUGAGUCCAAGGUUGGCAAGUCACCUGCUGCAGAACCACCCUCCUUGUCUCGACCCCCCCCCUCACUCGUCCUGCCUUUCUCACCCUUCUCCUGCUCGCCGUCGUUCCGUCAUUUUCCAUUCCCCCCUACUUGUUCGUCCACUCCUUCCCCACCCUGUCCUCGUCUCACUCGCCCUCCCCUCCUCCCCUUGUCUCGCCCCCUAUCGGCCUCGCCCCCUAUUGGCCUCGCCCCCUAUCGGCCUCGCCCCCUAUCGGCCUCGCCCCUCGGUGCUCAUCUCCGUGCCUCACUUUGCAACCCCCCGUUCCUCGCCUGCCUCGCUCAUCAUCUGCCCACGCUCACUCAUCGCAUGCACCCCCCCUCCGCCGCUCAGCCCUUUAUCCCUCACGACCCUGCACUCUCUCGCUCCCUCGCUUUGCUCCCACCCGUUCAUUCCCAUGCCUCUCUCAUGAUUCUCUCACCAUGCCUCUGCCACCCCCUCCCUUCCCUCUCUCCCACUGACCUCACUUCCACCUUCAUCAAUCUCUUCUCUGUAUGCGCCCUUCCCCUCUCCUUCACUUCCCCCUCAUCCUCCACGCUCUCCUCUCUCAUCUCACCAACCCCUGCCUCCCUUGUCGCCCGAAUGGACCGUCUCUUCAUGCACCCUUCUCUGCCCGUGACUCCUUGCCUUCUCCCCCCCUCCCCUCCUCCCCUCCUAGUGUAA